GAGACAGUCAGGUAAACUGGACACACCAUAAGCAAGUGUAUGAUUCUAGUGUGUAGUACCACUUGAAAAAUAUUUGAUAAAUUAUUUACUGAAAUAUAUCCAUUGAAAAAAACAACAACAAAAAUGAACAAGCUAAUAUUUUCGGCUAUUUUGAUAUGUUUUAUUAUUGGCAUGUUUGCCGUAUAUAAUGUUGAUGCCCAAUAUGGCUACGGUGGCCGCGGAGGCUAUGGUUAUGGCCGUAGAGGUUAUGGCGGUUAUGGAGGAGGAUAUGGCGGCGGUUACGGCGGUCGUAGAUAUGGCGGCUAUGGAUACGGUAGAAGAGGAGGUUAUGGCAGAUAUUAUGGCUAAUGUUUUACUCACAAAAAAAUGAACUAAUAAGUUGAUCAUAAUAUUUAAUAGAUUGAGCUUGAUUAUAGUUAUUUUUUUAAAAAAAUAUAUGAACAUGCUACUUUAAUUAUUGAUUUUUUUUUAAAAAAUUGUUUUGUUACAAAAUAUAACAUUUUGUUUGUAUAAUAUUUGUUAGUUUUUAAUUAUCAAAAAAUUAGACAAACAUUUAUUUAAUAAUUCAUAUAAUUCAUAAUUUUAAUUUUCUCAAAUUUAAAUGUUGCAGAUCAA